CAUUGAAGCGCUCACAACAUCCACAACAACACACCCGAUUAAUAUCAUCAUCAUGAGCUUCGCUCUGCUAUCUGUCUGCUACUUUCUUUACCGGUUACACUAACGUUAAGUUACAUCUCUGGUCAAGCGUUUUAAAAGCUGACAAGAUAUAUUUUAAACCAAGAAUAAUUCGCUUCGGACAUAUUGAGGACAAUCAUCUACGGUGACAAACGCAACAGCCGGGACAUGGGGAACGUUUAGAGAUGGAGAAGCAGAUAAGUUCUGGUGAGGAGGACGGUUCUGGGGAGAAGGGUUUGCUCCACACGUGGAGGGGAUAUUCCUACAGCACCACACCAGAGAGGGUGCUGCUCUCUCGGCCUGUGCUCCAGGCUGCCCUUGGAGCAAAUCAUGGUGUUCUGCUAGUAGAGGGGGGCCAAGUCUACAGUUUUGGUGAAUUGCCUUGGAAACAGAACCAAACAUCAUCAGUAGCGACUGAGCCCGUUUUGGAGGCGGUGCUUAGCGAACAACAUGUUGUUUUUGUGGCUGCUGGCUCCGCCCACAGUGGAGUAGUAACGGAGGAUGGAGGCGUGCACAUGUGGGGAGAAAACGCUCACGGCCAGUGUGGCCUUUUGGGACUCUCUGUUAUCCCUAACCCCACCCCUGUGGGCGUGCUUGACUCUGAGUUCACCCCCCCUCAGACGGUGAAGAUCCUGGAGGUGGCAUGUGGGGACCAGCACACUCUCGCUCUUUCAUCCAAGCACGAAGUCUGGGCUUGGGGCAGCGGGUGCCAGCUGGGCCUGAACACUUCCACGUUUCCUGUCUGGAAGCCCCAGAAGGUAGAGCCCCUGGCGGGAAGGCACGUGUUGCAGGUGGCCUGUGGAACCGCUCACAGCCUGGCUGUGGUGCGAAGUUCUGAGGCUCUGGUGCCUCGAAAACCCCCUCAAGACAAGUGCGGUCAGUGCCAUCAGCUGCUGUACACUAUGACUGACAAAGAGGACCAUGUGAUCAUCUCUGAUGGCCAUCACUGUCCACUAGGUGUUGAGCUUGACAGCAGCGGGACCAAGUCUGCAUUAGAGGGCAGCCCAGAACAGGUUCAACAAGGCAAGAGCUCUCCUACAGAACCCGUUCCAUCCAUGCCCACCCAGAUUCCAAGAUCACCCACCUCCAGCACAAUCCCUGAAUCUACCCUUCUUCCUGACAGCACACCUGCCUCCGAACCCCAAAUUCAGGUUCCUGCAUCUAGCCAAGAACCUGUAGAACCAACCUUAGAAGUCUCGACUGAACAUGAAGCUCCGGUCGCAAAUGAAGAGGUUUGUGUGGAAGCCUCGGAGUCCUGCACCCUUGAGCCGGACAGCUGUCGUGCCCCAGGGGGGAAGUACUCCCCAUUCCCCGAUGAGCAGGCUGUGAAGGCCUAUCUUAAGAGACUCUCUGAUCAUGCCCUGGCAGAGCACGUCGCCAAGACCCCCAGCACACUUCAUUCUGCUCAGCUCUCCAGUGACCCUGCUGAUCCUUUCACCUCUGACCCCUUGAUCCCGGUCGCCCAGUCUGUGACUCCAAUGGGCUCUGCAUUGAACAACUUGGUGGUGUCCUGUGCCUCUGCAGUGGGGGAACGUGUAGUGUCCACAUAUGAAGCUCUCUCUCUGAGAAAAGUCAUUGGAUACUGGGCUCCAGGAGAGGGCCGUGAGCGUGUGGAGGAGAGACUCCGUCUGGAGGAGCCCAUGCAGGGGAAGAAAAGCUCCAGCCUGGGGGACAUCCGCGAGGAGGAGGCGGAGCUUAGCCGUCGCCUGUCCCUGCCUGGCCUGCUCUCUCAGGACAAUGCAGCAUUUGAGGUGACGGUGUGGGCAUCCUACUCAACAUCUGAAGUGUCUCCUCGUCUUUUGCGGCGAACGAGCCGCCCCCGUGCACGGGCCAUCCCGCUCACUCCAGGAGGCAUACCUGAGGCCGAUGCCCACCUGCCUUCUUUGCAGACAGAAGUGUGGAGCUGGGGCCGAGGCCAGGAAGGGCAGCUUGGACAUGGUGACCUCCUUCCCAGACUGCAGCCCGUCUGUGUAAAGAGUCUGAAUGGUAAAGAGGUGUUGAGAGUGGCUGCAGGUGCUCAUCACUCUCUCGCCCUGACCGCCCAAUCACAGGUGUUCUCCUGGGGAUGUAACACUUCUGGGCAGUUGGGACACAUGGAAUCACCCACCAGCUUCCCUCAUUUAGCCAAGCUGUCAGAUGGGAUUCGCGUGUGGGAUAUCGGGGCGGGGCAGCAACACACUCUCUUAUUGGCUGAUGGAGACUGUAUGCAGCCAAUCUUGUACUACAGCGGGCAGCAGGUGAAAGAAGUGGCGGAGCAAACGCAGGAGGAGGAGCAGACCGGAGAGUACACACAGCAACCAGUGCUGCUGCCCUUUUGUAUGAAUUUGGGCUAUGUAAGCAGUGUGUGUGCAGGUGGAUGGACCUGUGCGGCGCUGACGGAUCGUAAUGUAAUGGGUUUUAUUGCUAGUCUGCAUGAGCUGGCGGCUGCAGAGAGGAAAUAUUACUGCAAACUCAGCAAUAUCAAGAGUCUUCUGCUCCAGCCAUUGCUCAAACUGGAUUCGCUUAGCUCCGGCCUCGGUCAGUCCACUGCAGGGCUCCUGCAAAAUCUGAUUGGACGACUGAGUCGGCUGUCUCAGCUCACGGGUCAAAACUCGGCCUCUCUAACCACUUUCCUGCGGCGUUCACGUGACAUCCGAGGUCUUGUUAUUCUUGACGACGCACAUCUGUUCCUGGACACAUAUUCAGAGUACUGUUCUGCUGUGGGGGAUCUCUUAGUCAUGGGAGGGUUUCUAGCCCUUGUAAAACCUUGCCAUGAUGUGUUUGGCAAAGGGGCAGAGGUUGUUCAGAGGUUGUCUGAAUGUUCUGAAGAGGGUUUGCCUCUAGCGGAUGUUCUGUCUCAUCUCUUUUACCUGCCCAUAAAGCACCUGCACGAAUAUGGACGACUGCUGCUAAAACUGGCUACCUGCUAUGAGGUGAGUUCUGUGGAUUAUCAGAAGCUGCAGGAUGCCUGCUCAAAGUAUGAAUCCAUGGCUCUUCAUCUGAAGAGGAGGAGGAAGGAAGCCGAGUGCACGCUCCACUUCUGGAAGAGCUUUCCCGGGAAGAUGACCGACUCUCUCCGUAAACCAUCCCGUCGGCUGAUCUGUGAGAGCAGCAAUAAGGCUUUGACUCUUCAGAACGCGGGACGUUUUUCCGUCAACUGGUUCAUGCUGUUCAACGAUGCGCUUGUUCACGCACAGGGCAUGGUCCCCUAUAAGAGUCUUUUUUCCACUCAUCACAUCUUCCCAUUGGCUACUCUGUGGGUGGAGCCGAUUUCUGAGGAGAACACGGGCCUAUAUGGUUUAAAAGUGACUUCACCAGAAGAGACAUUCACUCUGCUGGCCUCGUCUCCAGCUGAAAAGGCGAAGUGGUUUCGGUCUAUAAACCAGGCGGUGGAGCAGGCGCUUAGCGGACUGGGGCAUGAUGGGAUACCGCCUACUACAGGGGUGACACAGAGAACAGACCCACCCAUUUCACGGACGGCAUCGUACACGUUCUACAAAGACAGUCGGCUCAAGGAGGCCACGUAUGAGGGCCGCUGGGUCUCAGGGAAACCACACGGGCGGGGCGUGGUCAAAUGGCUCGAUGGACGAAUGUACACAGGGGCUUUCAAGAAUGGCCUUGAAGAUGGAUUUGGAGAUUAUGUUGUGCCGAACAAAAACCUGAACAGCUGUGAUCAUUACCAAGGGCAAUGGAAGGAUGGCAAGAUGCACGGCUUUGGAACAUUCAGGUAUUCAUCUGGUGAAGUGUACGAGGGCUCGUUUCAAGAUAACAUGCGUCAUGGUCAUGGGAUGUUGCGUAGUGGGAAGCUGAAUUCCACCUCUCCCAGUGUCUUCAUCGGCCAGUGGCAGUACGACAAAAAAUCUGGCUAUGGAGUUUUUGAUGACAUCACCAGAGGGGAGAAGUACAUGGGCAUGUGGCUGGAUGAUCAGCGUCAGGGGAACGGAGUUGUUGUUACACAAUUCGGCCUCUACUAUGAAGGUGCUUUUAGCAACAACAAAAUGAUGGGGACUGGGGUGCUACUGUCUGAAGAUGACACCACAUUUGAAGGGGAAUUUUCAGAAGACUGGACUCUAAAUGGAAAGGGCAUGUUGACCAUGCCGAAUGGAGACUACAUCGAAGGCUCUUUUAGUGGGGUUUGGGGAACCGGACUAAAGAUGUCAGGUUCUUACUACAAACCCAGUCUCUACGACUCAGACAAGGAGAAGGCUCAUGCACUUAAACUGGGCAGGUUAGCAGUUCACUCCGAAGAGAAGUGGAAGGCCGUGUUCGUGGAGUGCUGGAACAGGCUAGGUUGUGAUCAUCCCGGACAAGGGCAAACAACUACAGCGUGGGACAACAUUGCUGUAGCGCUCACUGCUAACCUGAGACAGCAAAGAGACAGUCCAGAGUUGCUGAGUCGCUCUCAUCACAAAACGCUGGAGAGUCUUGAGUGUAUCCCUCAUCAUGUGGGUCCUGUGACUUUAGAAGUGUACCACACAAUCCGCCGGUACCUCGUCAAGGCAUGUGAUACCCCGUUGCAUCCUCUGGGUCGACUGGUGGAGACAUUGGUUUCGGUGUACCGUAUGACAUAUGUUGGUGUUGGGGCCAAUCGCAGAUUACUGCCCCAGGCCGUCAAUGAGAUCAAGUCCUAUCUCAGCCGCAUCUUCCAGCUCGUCAGAUUUCUCUUCCCUGAUCUGCCUGAGGAAGGAGGUUCAUUGGCUGACCCUCCAAAAGAGACGGGCGGCUCAGACCCUGCUGGGAAGCAGCUUGAAUCUCCUAAACCUGGGUGUGUGGUCAGCAGCUCUGCUCUCCUCCUACCGGUGCUGUUGCCACGUCUCUACCCUCCUCUCUUCACUCUCUACGCUUUAGAGAAAGAGAAGGAGGAUGAUGUGUACUGGGAGUGUGUGCUCCGACUCAACAAACAGCCAGACCUGGCGCUGCUCACCUUCCUCGGGGUGCAACAGAAGUUCUGGCCUGUGACUGUUACAGUACAUGGAGAAAAACAACAGGUUCUCUCAAGCACAAAAGACGCCUGUUUUGCCUCAGCGGUUGAGACUUUACAGCAAAUAAGCACAACUUUCACCCCCUCAGAUAAGCUUCAGGUCAUCCAGCUGACCUUUGAGGAGAUAACCCAGCAAGUACUUGCACUCCUGAAACAGGAUUUCUUGUGGUCUAUGGACGACCUGUUUCCUGUCUUCCUCUUUGUUGUUCUGCGUGCACGGAUAAGGAAUCUGGGGUCAGAGGUCAGUCUCAUUGAGGACCUAAUGGAUCCAUGUGUACAACAUGGAGAGCAUGGCAUCAUGUUUACCACACUCAAGGCAUGCUACUAUCAAAUCCAGCACGAGAAGGUCACGUAAUGAUCUCUCCAAACCCAUCUGGUAAGGCAGUGCAAUGACUGACAAACAGACCAGCCAAUAGUGUUCAAGAAACAGACUUGAUGUGUGAGGAGCCAAUCAUGUUCCGAGCCUGGAUCACAUGGCCGGUGAAGGUGAUUCCAUUCGAAUCUGACAUUCUCACAUUCAAACAGUCCCGUUUAUGUGCAAGUCAGACUUUGGUUUGGCAUUUAAUAACAUUUAUUUGUGACAUUUUUGUGUCUUCCUCACUCAAAAAGCCAUCGUUGUGGCAUUUUAACUGCUGCCAUUCCAUCAUGCUAUAGAUGCAUGUACUCAUUGUACUUUUAUUAAAGAGCCUGUACUUCAUUGGCUCAGAAUGUAUGACGUAUAACAGCAUGUCACCUCUCCCUUCAAGCACACACGGGUCGAUCCAGUGUCAGUUGUCGAUUAAUGAUGAAUGAAGUUCAUUAGUGUACUGUAAGCCAUCUGAAAUAAUGGAUGCAAUCUACCUCCAUCUUUGAAGUAAACUACUACAUUUUCCUGAUCGUAUUACAUCAUUCAUGGCAAACAGCACACUGCCAUUGACCUAAAUCAUGAAUAUGCUCACAUUAAGUGAAGAAUUAUGUGCUUCUUGUGCUUGAAUGUCUAUGAAAAGAAACACAAAACGUGGGCUGUAACUUUUAUUGCUGACGUCUGAUCCAUUUUGAGCUUUCUUAACCAACUGUGCAGGGAUGGUGCCCUGCGUUAUUAUGUACAAGUCUUUGUUUACCAGCUUCUUUGUUCAGCCAACUUGAACUUGGUAUUUUAAACGGUUCACACUAAAAAAUAGAAAAGUGUUUGUGGGUCAACACAAUAUUUUUUGUUCUUUCUAUAUGCACUUGCACAAGAGUUUCCAGCAAUUUAUUUUGAUGCACUCUUAAUUAUUCUUGUAGCCUUUAUUUCAGAAAACACUUAAUAUGAUUUCAACGUUUUCUGCAUCCCUGAGUAAUAGUCAAGUUUUUAAGUCACUGGCACACUGGAAAAAAGAAACAAGCCACAAUUUGCAUGGCCAUGCUAAAUUACAAUACAAUUAGUAUUUAUCUUCAUUUAAAUAUUAUUUUCAAGUCCCUUGACGUAGACAAGCACUGUAGUAUUCACUGCUAAAAUCAGUUCUCAUGAAGUGUUCUUAAAAGUGCCUCUGACAGUGUUAUAAAUGUGUGUCUGUCAAUAUAUCUCUUUACCCAGCAAUAGCUUUGAGUUGAGUCACACUUUUUAAAGCUCAAAAGCCUAAUGCAUUAUUUCCUUUAAUUGACAUUGUUUUAUUUAUUUGAUGGUUAGAUCUGUCUGCAGCACAGAUAAUCUGAGCGACAUAGAUAAUCUGCAGGGUAUAUCACGUACGGUACAGCGCACCAGAAGGACAGUGAGUUGGUAAAAAAAAUGCCCAGAAAACCCAUUUCCGAGUAUCAGAGAUCAGGAUUUGGAUGCUUGUGUGAUUGUACGUAAUCGUGCAAACUGUUACGGCGAAGGACUGUUGAUGUUUGCAACCAUUGAGAUGUUGCAUGAAUAUAACGAUUCAUGUUAUGGUUUGUAUUUCCACACCAGUUUUUCUAGGCUGAACCAAGGUGUGCAUAUUAACCUGUGUUUGAAUGUGCGUAUGUGUGCAAGUAUGUGUAAAGUUUUGGUUUUUUGAAGAAUAUUGUAUGUUCAAAUUGUUUUGUUGACAUAAUUGAGAUAGAUGGCAAUAAAACAAUGAUUGGGAAUUAAAA